GUACUUUUCGGUGUGUUCAUCUUCGUGCUUUUAAAUUUUUACCAAAUUGAAUCCAUUUUCAUAAUGAGGAGUGACCGUAGUGGCAGUAAAAGGGAAAGCAGAAGUGCAAAAACUCCACCUAAGAAGAAAACUAAAUACUUGUAUGUUUACUUGAGAAAAUAGGAAGAACAAUAUUCAUGGUUAAAGUUCGUGCCCCCCAACCUUUAGAGCCUUUAAAGCUUUAGAGAGCUCAUUGUAUACUUUGUGAACGUGAGUUCAGCAUCACUCACGGGGGUAAUACCGACUGCAGACAGCAUUCUUGCACAGAAGGUCAUAAACGAAAGGAAAGAAUGUGAAGACGUCAUCAAAUUUACACUUCUUAAUCGGGAACAGCACCAAGGACUUCAAAUAUGUUGCAGUUACAAACAAUAGUUGAGUUUUAUAACAGUUCCAUACAAAUAUGAGUGGUAGCAGAUCAGUUAUAACACCAGAAUUAGUAAAACGUUUUAAUGAAGAUGGUGCUGUGGUUUUGAGGGGUGUUUUUUCUGCCCACUGGGUGCAGUUAGUGCAGCGAGGGAUCCAGCACAAUCUCCAGGAGCCAAGCAUGUAUGCAGAGUGGCUUAAAGUCAGUAAUAAUGGUGGAGUGUACUUCAAUGAUUAUUGCAAUUGGAAGAAAAUUCCAGAAUUCCAAGAAUAUAUUUAUAAUUCUCCAGCAGCAGAACUGGCAGGGAAUCUCAUGUGUUCUGAGUGGGUCAAAUUUUACCAUGAGCAUGUGCUGAAUAAAGAACCAGGAGCUGAGAAAGCUACACCAUGGCACCACGAUCAGUCAUAUUAUCCCAUCAAUGGUGACAAGGUAUGCUCAAUAUGGAUGCCAGUAGAUCCAGUUUCAUUGGAUAGUACCCUGCGCUUGGUGUGUGGCUCACACCGCUGGGGACGAUGGUUCAAACCCAGGAAAUUUGCCACAGAGAGUGAUUAUAUUUCAGAUGUUUUCAGUCACACAUAUGAAAGUGUGCCAGUAGAGGAGAUUGAGUCUGGCAAGUAUCACAUCCUACAGUGGGCGAUGCAGCCAGGAGAUUGUGUUGUGUUCCACAUGAGAACUGUACAUGGGGCUGCCGGCAAUUCAUCAGCAACCCACCAGAGACGUGUCUUAGCAACAAGAUGGCUCGGCGAAGAUGCAUGCAUCAGUACAAGACCUUGGAAAGAAUCACCACCAAAUGAUGCUGUUUUUACAAAACCACCAUCUCUAGAACAACUUCCAACCAUCUGGAGGCUUCAGAAAUAGUACAACAGCAUAUCAGUCUCACAGUUUCUAAUUGAGUGUCUGGUUAAGCGAAUACCCAGUAUCAUAAGAUCUGAGGACUUCAUGGCUGUUAGGCUCAUCAAGGUUGUCACACUGAACCCACCUACUAGACUGCACAUAAGAUUUCAAUAUGAACAGGCAAUAAUGGUCAACAGUGAAGUCUUCUCUGGUGAUCAGCCACGUCAGUGUGGAACUGGCAUUCAGUGUUUCAGAGGCUCUCCCAUCUCCAUCAUCAGGGGUCUGAGUUAGAGUUCUGUGGGACUGGUCUCAGAAGGGAUGCUCAGCUGAGACCAAUGACAGAUGGCCUUGUCCUUUGGGUCUGAAGCAUAUACUAUAUCCCUUAUGAAUGUGGCAAGAUGUAUGUUGGACAGAUUGGAUGUCCUAUUAGGAUGAGGUGCAAUGCAUACAUGCUGCAUAUACAACUAUACCAACCACAGAA